AUAUAGGCUCUGCAAGUAAUUACAGGUCCUCCUUUCUCCACCAGCGAAAUGCUGGGCCGGCUUAAUUUGAAAGGGCCUACUUCCGGAGGCCUGCAAAGGUUGACUGCAGGGUGCCCGUAUGCUGUAACAGCACGUCAUGGCGUGAGGACCGUCUCCGCCACGGCGACGUCCGGCCGCCGCGGCGCGGCGCCAUCCCAAGACAGCGAGGAGUCUGGCGCUGCGGCGGACUCUGCGCGUGCGCUGCGGCCCCGGCGCAGCCUCUUCUCUGGCCGCCAGUCGGGCGACGACGGCGCUGGCGACUCCCGCCCCAGCACCAGCUACGACCGCAGCACCGGCGACCGCGACAGCCGUCGCCGCAGCGGCGGCGGCGAGGACGCCGACGGCGGCUCCAGCUACAGCCAGCGGGGUCCUAGGCGCGACACCGCAGCCGCGCCAGGGCGGGCACGCGGCGGCGGCUUCGGCGGCGGGCGCCGUGACAGCACGGAGUGGGGCCGCCGCGACCUGGACGACGAGCGUGAGGAGCGCAGGGAGCCGCGUGGUGGCCGCGGAGACAGGGGCGGCCGCGGCCGCGGCGGCGGCCGCGGCCGGGGCCGGGGCGGGCGGGACGACGGCGAGCGCGGAGGCCGCAGGUCACGCUACGAUGAGGGCGAAGGCUCCGAUGGCGCCGACGGGGCGUCGGCGGAGCCCAAGGUGGGCCUGGCGCGCGCCCCCGGCGCCAAGACAGGCAACCGGCCGCUGCCGUACGACCUGCCCAUCGUGCGGCCGUACGACGGCGACAAGGGCACGUUCUUCGCGGGCGCCACUUGGCGGGGCGUGGGCGCCAGCGAGGAGGUGGUGGCGGCGCUCAAGACACUGGGCAUACAGCGGCCCAGCCACAUCCAGGCCGCCGCCUUCACCGCCUUCAACACGCACUCGGACCGCUCGGCGCUGGUGCUGGCGGACCAGGCCGGCAGCGGCAAGACCAUGGCGUACCUGCUGCCGCUGCUGCAGGCGCUGCGGGCGGAUGAGCUGGCUGCAGGCGGGCGGGUGACUCAGCCCCGCUGCCCUCGCGGCAUUGUGGUGGCGCCCACCGUGGAGCUGGUGCAGCAGGUGCUUCGUGUGGCUCGUGCGCUCAGCGGCGCGGGGCUGCGGCUGCGCACGGCGGCCUUCACGGGCGGCCAGGCGGACGACAAGGCGCGGGCGGCCAGCUUCCGCACGCAGCGGGACCUUCUGGCUGAGGGCGUGGACCUGCUGGUGGCCACGCCGGGGCGGCUGCAGCAGCACCUGGCGGACGGCGGGCUGCGGCUGGACACCUGCAAGGCGCUGGUGAUGGACGAGGUGGACGUGCUGCUGGGCGAGCGCGCCGCCUUCCUGGAGCAGGUGGCGCCGCUGCGGGCCGCCGCGCCCAGCACCAUGCGCUUCAUGCUGGCCACCGCCACCUUGCCGCAGCACAUCUUCGCGCAGCUGCGGGAGGUGUGGCCCGACCUCAUGCCCGUGUUCGGGCCGGGGCUGCACCGCACAGCGGCAGGCCUGGUUGAGGAGCUGGUGGACUGCAGCGGCGGUGACGACAUCAGCGAAGAGACAGGCCGCAAGCGCAAGCUCGAGGCUCUCCAAACGGUGGUGGACCGGCACAAGGCGGCGCGCACCAUUGUGUUCUGCAACAAGAUCGACGCCUGCCGUGACGUGGAGAACUACCUGCGGCGCGAGGACCCGCAGGAGGAGAAGUACAGGGUGCUGCCCUACCACGAGGCCAUCCGCGACGAGAUCCGCGCACAGCACAUGUCCUUGUUCCUGCAGCCGGUGGGCGCGGAGGCGGCGGCGGCCUCGGCCGCCAAGCAGCAGCGGAUGGCGGCGGCCGCUGCGGCCUCGGCGGCUGCGACGCGGGCGCUGGGUCGGCAGGCGGUGGUGGUGGACCGGGAUGAUGUGGCGGAUGCGGCGGCCAAGGAGGACCAGAAGGAGGAGGGGGCGCCGGCGGGGGAGCCUGCGCUGGUGCUGGUGGCGACAGACCGCACGUCCCGAGGCAUCGACGUGCUGUAUUGCGAGCACGUGGUGCUGUUCGACUUCCCGCGCGACCCCUCCGAGUACGUACGCCGCGUGGGCCGUACCGCGCGCGGCGCCAACGGGCGCGGAACCGUGAGCAGCCUGGUGUUGGGGCGGCAGGUGCCGCUCGCCAAACAAAUCAUCGAGCGCAACCAGAAGGGCAUGCCUGUGCACACCGUGCCCGAGUAGGAGGAGGGGCCGAGGGGGCAGGGGCAAGGGCAGGGGCAAGGGCAGGGGGAGGGGCAGGGGCCCGGUGGAGGUGGUGUGAGGGCGUGGGCAUGCUGGCCUGGAGGUGGUGGUGGGUGUGGAUGUGGGGGGACGCGGAGGGUGGGAGGAGGAGUGCCCGUGGUGGGAAGAGGGUGUGGGGCCGUGCAGCAAAAGGGGAGGUUGGCGCUUGGCGGGGUGCAAGUCCACGAGGAGGCGCCUGAGCCGGGCGCCGGAAAGCAAGGGCUGGGAACGCGCGACCAGGACUGGAUGCAGUGGCAAAGCAGCUGUGCGAACGACUGUGUGAACGACUGUAAGCCUCGAGGUAACUGCAGUCGCGGCGAUUGUUCCGUAGCAAGCAAAACGCUGCCACAGUUGACCGCGUCCAGUUUUGGUCGCAGCAGCCAGGUGCAGGGUGUGCGAUGGGGCAGGGAGUCCUCGCAAUGCGGAGCCCUGCACUCAAACUCGCGGCUGCUCACUCAAGCAAAGGUGCGAGUGCAGUAGCUACGUGGCAGGGGUCGUAUCUUGUUUGCGGGGGAAUGUCUUGACCCAGACAUUCCUGGCCUCUGGAGCGGAAAUUUUUGUCAAGGGGGUAGACAAACAGGCCCCCAAAUCCACGAUUUUUUUGUCUAGACAAAGUGCCUUUGUGGAAGCCAUGUAAAAUGUCUAGACA